UCGUUCGACGCUCGAGCCGUGGUUCAGUCGGCCGGCAAGCUCGCGUGCGUGCCGAGCCUUCGCGUCUCGUCUACGACGACCUUUUCGUUUUCCUUCUCUAUCGUAAUCUCUUGCUACCUUUUUAUCCAUUCCCUCUAGAUCGCACGAGAUUUAAUGGAUAAUCUUUUAUUCGCGUCCUCGAUCGAAUGCCGCCACCCCUACAAGUAGAAAGCACAGUAACCUAUGGAUCGAUCUCCAAGGGAUAUCAGGAAGCCUUCCACGAUGAGAACUCGAGAUCCGGAUUAGUCGCUCGUUGGAUCACGUUUCUUCUUGGAUCACGACGACGACGACGACGACGACGACGACGGCGACGACGACGGCGACGAGCGAGCGAGUUUCUUCGAUGAUAAUCCUGUGUGCCGAAUAUUUUCGGAUAUCAUAUAUAUAUAUAUAUAUAUAUACACAUGCAUGUAUAUAUAUAUAUAUAUAUAAAGAGAGUGAACGGGUGAAAAGUGAAUGAUCGCUAGUGGCUAGUAUACCGAUGAUCCAAGAGAAAAUUGAAUGUUCAACGACGAAGAAUACUUUUGUUUUCGCAUGAAGAAACUUGCUCCUCGUACGACGAUGUACAUUCGUCGUUGUUUCUCGUGUCGGAAUCGGUUCGAGGAUAGAACGUAAAUGACACGUAUCUCGAGACAAUAAAAACAAAAUAAAAGAGGACGGACGUAUCUCGUUGUUGCGAAUAAAUCGUCCGCGGGAAUCCCCGUGCUCGUAGAGAGAAAGAGUGGGAGAGAAAGAAAUAUAAGCGUUCUCGUUUCGCGAGUUUUGCGAGCGUGGGAUCGAUAUACGGAGGUCCCAACGCGCGCGAUAGCCAUCGCGGUCUCGUGGCGGGGCAACGUUGUCGCUUCGUGUCCUCGAAAAAACGAUCGCGAAUCCUGAUGCUCGAUAAGAUCGCACCUUUUCGAGUGUAAUAGCGUAUCGAACUGUUAUCUCGUCUUUAUUUCCCUUGUCCCGGACAAGGAUCGAAAAAAUAUCGUACGAAGAUCGAACUCGCAAAAAGUUCGUAAUAACCGAGUUCUCGCGGUUACCACCAACCGUUCGACUAAGAAAAGGGAAAAGAAGUUUUCGUUACUUUUUUUUUUCUCGGUGUGUCGACGAAGAAUGUGAUCGGUGAAAGGAGAGGAAAUGAGAGGAAAGGAGAGAGAGGAGCGAGUGACUCGAGCCAUUGCCCAAACGGGGGAAGGGGGGAAUGGAUCUACCGCACGCGUUAAUGAAAGGGCUGCGCCUUUGCGGGAUGAACGACGAAGAAAUGACAAGGACGACAGGUGCCGCUUUGUGCAUCCACUAACCGCACGAAGAGAGCCGCUUGACUAAUCUUCGAAAAAAAUGCAUCCUCCUAAUUCUCCUUAAUCUCGACGAUGGUCGUACGGCGAUUUGAAAAUCUCGUCUUCGGUUACGAGCGUUCGCGUCGCGAUCGCUAGGCUUUCCCCCGAGAGAAACGGCGCGAGCGAGUUCUUCGAAGAUGCGAAAGAGUUCCAAAGAUGCGCAGGACCAGCAGCAAUGGCUUAAAGCUCGAUCUAACGGAGAACACGCCAGGUAGCUCGUUGUCUAGGUUACCGAACUUGGUCGAGCAUGCGGAAAGUUGUCAGGCCCUGUCCACCGGCACGGGAGAGAAUUUAAGCAGCAAAUUGCCGAACGUGGUCGAGGGCUCGAUGGACUAUGGUAGCGAACGUAGGUCCUCCCGAUACUUGGAGUAUCAAGACUCGAAAUCCUACCAGGAUGGUCAGGCCGUCGGCUCGUCGGUGGCCGGUACCUACGAUCACGUCGACUAUCACGAGCAACAACUGAGGGCUUACAGGAAUUGCGAGAGAAAGACAGGGCCGAGUUACGGUAGAGAAAACGUCGAUAGAUACGACGACAAUAGAAUAUAUCCGGAGGAUGGUCCGAGGUACGAUCGUCGGGGAACCGUCGAGGAUAGAACCUACGAGGAAUCGGAUUUAGAUGGGUCUUACGAAAGAAGCGACGCUCAAAAGUUGAGUGCAAGAGCUUAUCCGACGGAGCUACAGGACACGUCGAGCACCAGACGAUACUCGAGGGACUUGACGGAUUACGAGUACGCCUCGAGAUACACCGAGGAAACGUUAAAGCUCGAACCGAAGAAGGAUCAUCAUCAUCAUCAUCAUCAUCACCACCAUCAUCACUCCGGUAAGAUCUACGAGCCCUCGGGCGCGUCGAAGGGUUACGAGUCCGGCGUUAAGACCCACGACUCGGCAUACGAGCUCGGUGGUGGUGCUGGUCAACAACAGCAGGAUCCGGUCUCGGCCGGUAGGAAGUAUGAGAGCAAGUAUCAUUCGGCCGGCAAGAUGUACGGGACUUUACCAAGAUACGAUACAACCGGCAAGUCCUCCAGUUACGAGGCGGCGGCUACCGGUUACGAGCCGAGAUCGUUCGAGUCGAAGUACGAGGAGCAAGGAUACGAGACCGGUAGCAAGGCUUUCGAUCCGAAAUACGAAUUGACAAGCUCGAAGAGCUACGAGAGGUGCAAGUACGAUGGUUCCUCGUCGGCCAGAUAUCGCGACAAGUCCUACGAGCAAACGCUCAAGAUCGGAGAACUCAGUUCGUCCUCGUCGGCCGGUCCUUACGCGAGAAAACAGAAUCAGGAACACGAGGACGUAACCGCGGAGAAGAUGAACGGUUACAGGAAGAAUACGUUCGAGGCCUACGGGGUUUACUCGGAUCCGGAGGACGAUCAUGGUUUUCUAGCCGAGAAGAAGGCUCCUCAGUAUACGUACAAGGGGGUAGUCGUUAACGCCAGCGGGGAGUCGAGCGUCGUCGAGAAGCGCACGAAGGACAACAGGCAAACGGAAAUGCCACGAAGUCCUUGGUGCAGGCCUAUGAUUUUGCUGCUCCUUCUGGUCCUCCUCGUCGUUAUUUUCGUAUUCGUCGCUGGAAUACUUUUGUAUUUCAAUUAUAUGUCCUACAAACCACGCCAUCCCGUUGUCGAGGGUAAGGAUCUAAAUUUCGCCAGCAAUAACGCCGAACCCUGCGAGAAGACUUAUUGCGCUUGGGGCGCUACGUGCGUCGUAUCCGAGAACGGUAAAGCUUUGUGCCAGUGUCCAACGAAUUGUCCGUCAAAUUUCGCACAGGUUUGCGGCUCCGACGACGUGACGUAUACGAAUCAAUGUCAUCUGAGACAGGCGAGCUGCCAGAGAAGGAAGAAUACUAGAAUAAAACACGAGGGUGCCUGCGAGAUCAAAGAUCCGUGCAGCAAGUUAAAUUGCUCUCAAGGCGCCCAAUGUGUGCGAAGUCGCGACGGUACCGAGGCCUCGUGCGAGUGCCUGCAAACAUGCCCAAAUUUGGGAGAUCACGAGGGCUCUGGACCCGUUUGCGGUACGGACGGCAUCGACUAUCCGACCUUGUGCGACCUGAACAAAGGCGCUUGUGCGAAAGGUGCAAAUAUCAGCGUGGCUUUUCACGGUAAAUGCGAUCCCUGUGGUAGCGUCGAAUGCAUGGAACCAGAGAUCUGUCAAUUGGAUGGCUCCAGGCAGCCCGCUUGCCGUUGCGGAGAACAGUGCGGACUCGAAUUUUCGCCCGUAUGCGGAAGCGACGGUAAGACUUAUUCGAACGAGUGCAGCCUCCGACAAGAAGCUUGCAGAUCGAGGCUUCCACUUCGAAAGAUCUAUAAUGGUGCCUGCAGUUCAGGUAUCAAUCCCUGCGACGAGGCGAAAUGCGGUUCGUACGAACAAUGUGCCAUCAACCGAUAUGGUAUUGCGAGCUGCGAAUGCGGUCCGGAAUGCGAACCAGUCAUGAGACCAGUUUGUGCGCGCGGUGGCACCACCUACACGUCCCUUUGCGAGCUCAAGAGGCGGGCCUGUCUAACGAAGAGCAAUAUCGAGGUCGCUUACACGGGUACCUGCGGCUCGAGAGGACCCUGCUCCGAAAAGGUCUGCCAAUGGGGUGCAAUUUGUGCGGAAAACGGUGGAAGCGCCAUUUGCGAGUGUCCUACCUGUCCGGCGGAGUUUCAGCCAGUUUGCGGGGACGACGGCAUCAGCUAUGGAAACGAGUGCAAGCUGAGAUUAGAGGCGUGCCAACAUCGCCGAGAGAUUCGAGUUCUUUAUCAGGGCUUGUGCAACGGUUGCGAAAAUAAAAAAUGCGAACAUUAUGCGGAAUGCGAGAGCGACAGCGCCGGGGAGGCAAAAUGCGUUUGCCCGACGAAAUGCGAAAGUUCGGAAUUUUGCGAAGAAAAGGCGUCGUCGUCGUCGUCGUCGUCGUCGUCGGAGAAUAGAACGGGGAAAGAGCCGACGGACAAAGUUUGCGGAUCCGACGGUGUGACCUAUGAGAACGAGUGCGCCUUGAAGAAGGUUUCCUGCACAUCUCAGACUGAAAUCGUCAUCCAUUAUAUGGGCGACUGUGAACUUUGUGCGAGGGUGGAAUGCGAAAACGGGGGCCGCUGUAUGGCAGGAGUCUGUGUAUGCCCGGAGAUCUGUCCGGAAAGUAACGGAGAGCCUGUAUGCGGUAGCGACGCCAAGACUUACCAAUCCGAGUGUGAAUUACAAAAGGCAGCUUGUGGGAGGGACCCGAAAUUGCCGGCCCUGCACGUAAUUUUCUACGGCGACUGCGGUGAAAGAUUCGCUGUGGCAGCGCUGACAACGAUGUCAACGCCGGCACUGACACGCGUAGCCACCACGGUCGCCGACGUUACCAGUACUCAAGAACGAGAGGCUUGCAAGGACAUUCAUUGCGAUUUCGAGGCCACGUGCGAACUCGGACCAGAUAAAUUUCCAAGAUGUAGCUGCCGAUUCGACUGUGCCUCGAUAUCGCCGGAAAAUAUGCGCCCGGUUUGCGGGAGCGAUCUCAGAACAUACUCGUCUCUUUGCGCGAUGAAGAUGGAGGCCUGUCAGCGACAACAGGAGUUACGACUGAGGCCCCUUGAUCUUUGUCAAGGCAUGGAGGUAAAACCUUGCAACGGAGAUCCGCCAUUGAUAGACAGCGAUGGCAAGGAGUACGACUGCGGAAGCGGACCUGAUCGUAGAGAUUGUCCUAGCAAUACCUAUUGUCAUCAAACUCCACGAUUCGCUCGUUGUUGCAAGAAAGUCCAAGGAAUUCAAGUGGUCAAGUGCUCGGAUUCUUGGCAUGGCUGCUGUCCGGACGGUAAAACCGCAGCGCUUGGACCGGAUGGCGCUGGUUGUCCCAGUUCGUGCAAUUGUAACAGACUGGGUAGCGUAUCUGACACCUGCAAUCCGGAAACCGGACAGUGCGAAUGUCGACCAGGAGUGGGUGGUCUCAAGUGCGACAGAUGCAUGCCAGGUUACUGGGGAUUGCCAAAGAUCAGCGAGGGACAUCAAGGAUGUAUACCCUGCGGUUGUUCACUGUUUGGGUCCGUCCGGGAGGAUUGCGAGCAAAUGACCGGACGUUGCGUCUGUAAGCCCGAUAUUCAAGGACAAAAGUGUACAAUCUGCACCGAUCACAAUAAAAUACUCACGCCUACCGGCUGUUAUUCAGCCGACACGAUACCACCGAUACCAACCUCUUGCAAGGAACUGGAGUGCUAUUCCGGAGGACAUUGUUCCGAAAUAGGCGGUCCACACUGCGUCUGUCCGUCCUCCUGUCCAACGGACAUACCGUUGGUACCGGUUUGCGGUAGCGACGGACAGACCUACGACAGCGAGUGCGAACUACGUCUCUACGCGUGUCGUCACCAGGCGGACGUGGUGACCCAGGCCUUUGGUCACUGCAGAGACGAUCCUCUCGUGAAUACGGACUUCCCCGUUAAGAGAUACACAGCCGUGCAAUACACCCAACCGGCAGCCGCUAUUUCGCCAUUAUCUAAAUCUACCAGGCACCUUUUGGUCCCAGAACCAGAUCCACGAUACUAUUACACUCAUCGAGCUCAUCAAGAAACCAUCACCAUCGACAGAGAUAACCUUAAGCACGGAAUCGCUGCGGCAUAUCGGCCGACACCCGCUACGAUUAGAGUCGUCACGGCGCUUCUCGGUGAUCUCUGCACCGACGAUAAGGAUUGUACGAUUCCGAAUAGCGAAUGUUCCAACGGAGGUUGCAUCUGUUCCGAGGGUUACGCGGAAACCAGUGAUAGACAAGAGUGUUUCGCCAAUUACGUGCCAGUAACACCGACGGAGGAAUUUCGUGCCUGUCUCUCCUAUCCUUGCCACAUGACAUCAACGUGCAUCGACCUGCCGAGCGCAACAUUCGUCUGCAUCUGUCGGCCGAAUUACACGGGACUGCUCUGCGACGAAGAGAUAAACAAGAGAGAUUACGAGGUACCUUCCUUCGACGGUAAGAGUUACGUCAGAAUGAACAGACUAAAGGCCUAUCAUAAGUUCAGCAUCGAGGUCGAAUUAAAGACCUACGCCGACAACGGAAUCAUACUUUACAAUCAGCAGAAGAGCGACGGGACCGGCGAUUUCGUUUCUCUCGCUAUCGUCGACGGACACGUACAAUUUAGAUACAAUCUUGGCAAUGGUCCGGUUAUCCUCACUUCGCCGGAAAAAGUCACCAUGAAGACCUUCCAUAGGGUGGCAGCAAAAAGGUAUCACAAAGACGGAGUACUGAUAUUCAACGAUGGCGAGGAUAUCGUCGGGCAGAGCCAAGGGGUCCUUAAAUCCUUGGAUCUGAAUCAGGAUACCUACGUUGGGAAUAUGCCCAGCAAUUAUUCAAAAGUCUAUGACAAUAUCGGCACCAAUCACGGUUUCCUCGGAUGCAUACGGAAGUUAAAGAUCAAUCGUAUAUUCGUGGACCUGCACGUUGGACAAGAUAAGGACGUUUUAGAGACAUAUCGCGUUAAGGAAUGCGGUGACAACGCUUGCGCCAAUCUUCCCUGUGAGAACGGAGCGACUUGCCAGCCGAUCUACGAGGAGGAUCUUUGCAAUGGCCGCGAAUGUCGUAGAUUGCAAAAGAGGGGUAAGAAUAGGAUUAAUAAAAAAGCUCGGAAGAACGGCUUAAACAUCGUCAGGUGUAAGGGCUCGCAUUGCGCCUCGAUCGAUCAGCCAAGAUCGAAGAAGAAUUCGAAAAAACGUUGCGUUGGUACUAAGUGCGAUUACGACUACGAUCUCGAUUACGAGGGGAGUUUCGAGCGUGGAAAUUAUGCGAGCGUCGAAAAGUACGAGCCGCCGGAUUACAAGUGCAUUUGUCCACCCCAAUUCACCGGCCGAAAUUGCGAGGAAUCAUUGGAUCCUUGCAUCGACGAGCCCUGCCAACAUGGUGCGACUUGCGACAUACUGCCCCAGGGUGGAUACGUAUGCAAGUGCCCACCCGGUAGGACCGGCGUUCAUUGCGAAAUUCUGGACGCGGAAUUAACGGAACUGUUAAUACCAGAAAUGUCCGGCGACGGUUUUCUCGAAUUGCCAUGCCUCGAAGGAGUCGCCAAAGCCUUUUCCAUCGAACUAUGGUUCCUCGCUCGCGUCAACGACGGUCUCUUGUUAUACAACGGCCAGUUGAACAACGGAAGAGGCGAUUUCAUCAGUUUAAACUUGGUCCGUAGAUUGGAGUUCAGGUUCAAUCUCGGAAGUGGUAUCGCCAAUAUCACGUCCCCGGAUAUCGUUACUCUGGACAGUUGGCAUUGCGUUAGGAUAAGCAGACUCGGAAGGGAGGGCGUUCUUCAAUUGGACGACGGUACGGUGGCAAGAGGACUCUCCGGGAGUCCUCUGACGGAGUUGAACUUGGAGAUGCCUUUGUACGUCGGUGGCGUCAAACAUUGGAGAGAGGUACACCGUUUAGCUGGAGCUUGGACCGGAUUAACCGGAGCCGUUCAAAGGCUAAUGGUUAACGGCAAGACUUAUCAAAAUCUUGCCGUAAACGUGACGCAACACAAUACCGAGAUUUACGACGGGUUACCUUGUCCGAGCAACGAAAAUCCUUGUCACAACGGUGGCGUUUGCCUUCCACUCUUGAACAGUUAUCUCUGCAAGUGUGCCAGCGGCUACAACGGGUUGCAUUGCGAGUUUUUUAUGGGAUACGACGUUUCCGGCACAGAAAUUUCCGAGAGACCGGUACGAUUCGACGGCGACAACUUUUUGCAAUUUAAACAUCGUUACGGUAGAAGUACUAACACAACUAACACCACCCUCGGCGAAUAUUUUGAGGAGUCCUAUUCCGAUUACGACUUGGAGGAGGACGGAGAGUACGAGUACGACAGUUACGAUUAUACGGAACGCAAGGGACAACAAUCGAACAAGUUUGAGUUGCGACUGAGAACGAUUCAUUCGGAGGGUCUGAUCGCUUGGAUCGGAAGGGGAAAACUCGAACAUCUUAUACUUUCUUUGCGCGGAGGAUACGUCGUUCUUUCUUACAAGAGUAAGACGGAACAGAUAAGCGUGAAAAGUAGGGAAAGAGUCGACGACGGUGUUUUCCAUCACAUAAGAGCGAGUAGAAGAAGGCGCGCCUCGACGAUACAAAUCGACGAGUUUGCACCGGUGAAGAUGCCAAUGGAGACCGGAACGUUACUUACGACCAACGGUAAACUAUUCGUUGGUGGUAAACCGGGACAUCGAGGUAUCAAGGGCUGCGUCACGGACUUUAUAGUCGACAAGCGUCGAUUGCAAUUGAUCAGACGAAAGAUCGACUUUUGUCACGACAACGACGUAUGAUGAUAACGAAUCGCGGAGACGAUCCGACGAUUCGUCCGAUUCACAGUCUCUCUUCUCCUUUGUCCGUGUUCGUCGUCUGGUUCGUCCGGAUUAAGCCCAGGCUUUUUUUAUAUAAGCCCGAGCGAACGUGUAUAGACGACGAGAGGAAGAGGAACAGAGCUCAAGAGAGAUUCGACGAACGGAUCGAAUCGUCGAACAGAUCUUUCUUUCUUCCUUCCGGCUUCUCGAUAUUCUCGAUCGGGCGAAGCCCCUGCGACUUUCUCCAAUUCUAUUAUCGUUCGCUCCGAACGAUCACGAUUCCUGCCAAAGUCCUACAUCGCGAGGAAGCUAGCUCUUCUUCGUACGUCUCGCGAUUGCCAUACUCGAUCCGUUAUAAUAUUUUUUGCUUCGAACGGUCGUCGUUGUCGUGUGUCUCUUUUUCGAACGACGCGUGCGCCCACGCGCGCACGCGCGAGACAGAGAGAAAGGGAGAAGAAAAGUGCUGCAAGCGCGCCAAAAGUGCUGCGUUUUCAUCGAAAGACAAUAAUAUAUUUUUAAGCUGAUACGAUAAUUAUAUGCAUAGUAUUAUAUUAUAUAUAAUAUAUGUAUAUGUAUGUACGUAUACUCGCGCGCGAGAUUAUUCGAGGAAGAAUAAAAGCGCGUCACGCGCAUCACGCGCAUAAAACGAGCAGAAAGUAAGAAUGGGCGAAAUAAGCCUUCGACCGAGAUACUCGUAUUUAAAUAUUUACGAUAAGCUAUGCUAAUGCACUUAAAGAGCAAGAUAAUAACAUACAACACUUAACAUUGCCAAGACUGAAUAAAUAUCGGGACGAAAGAAAUCUUAGAGACAGAGAGAGAGAGAGAGAGAGAGAGAGAGGCGCUAAUUUGGUGUUACGUUUGAGUGUUUGAUAGAGAGAUUUAAUGAAUAUGGAUUUCCAGAAAAUAGACGAAUGUACUUUAAUGGAGCCGUUAAUUUAUGCCCAUAGCCCCAUAUAUGUACGCGGAACAAAUAUGAAAGGAGCAUAGAUUCCUUAUACACACGUACAAACGCUGACAUACACUUACACGGUCAAGCACACGAUGUAACGUACACGCUGUUGUUUUUGGUAGGUGAGGCUUUUUACAAAAUGCGCAGAAAGAAUAGAUGUAUUAUAAAUAUAUAUAUAUAUAUAUAUAUAUAUAUACUUUAUACGCACACACACACACACACACACACACACACAUCUAUUAUAUAUAUAUAUAUACCGAGUACAUUCCAUGUUACGGUGGGAUAACACACGUGGUAAGUGAAUGCGCGCCUAUGCAUUAGCAAAUGUACGACGAAAAUGAUGAUCCCAAGAAAAAACCCCGCUUGCGUGUGUUAAUCCAACGAUCCGAGCGAAGAUAUGUGUGUGCGUGAGCGUGUGCGUGCGAUUGAUAGAUGGAGAUAUACCAUGUCGUAUGUGCGUACGCUAGUUCUGUAAAUAACCAAUAUAUACGUAUUCGGAUCGUUGAUUUAUCGAUUACAAAGCAAUGAACGUUUAGAGAUGUACAGAAUACUGGAACUAAACGAAUGUAACGACUUAAUAAUCGUAACGUUUCACGAAUUAGCAUUUACAUGCGCACGCGCCGUUUUAAUUUAUGCGUCAAGCCGAUGCGAUGUGUUCUUCCGUACUGGGACGAAAACGUCUUAAUAACAACGCCUAAGAUAAUUGUUAAUCGUUACUUUUUAUCGAUUAGAAAAUACGUAAGCGCGGCUGAACGCACAUAUUUUCGAUUGUUAGCGAUCUGGCUCGUUCCCUCUCUGGAAAUAUACGAAUUUUAUCUCGCGCGUCGCACUUCGUUGACGGUGCACGAACGCCUAAGUUCAAACUCUAUAUCAAUAAGGUUCGAUACUCUAUUUUCGUUGUACAUGCGUUGUACAUCUUUUAACGUCCUAUCCAUCGAAUUUUUCAUUUCUGCGAAAAUACGUAAGCGCGUGCCCGAUUUUACGGGCUUACAUGAAAUCUAUUGUUAAUCGACGUUUACUGUUUUUUACCAUUUAAGAAUGCGAUUGAUUAUAAUUUAAAUAUUAAUAAUUGUUAUAUAGAAGAUCGCUCUAUAAGAGAUAAUAUCUUCGAACGAAAAGUAAUAAAAUAUUGUCUAUAAUCGUU